UGUGAUGAAGUGCAAUAGCGUGUGUCCUGGUAGUCCUAUCCCUUCAGCAGGUGGCGCUGUGGUCACGGACAAAACAGUCUAUCUGGAAUCAAGGCUGUGGGGGACAACCACUGCAGCAGGUGUUAGUUACUCUCUAUGGGUUAGAUAUCUGAACAUAAGUGAAAAACAGCGCUCUCUGCCGGGUGAAGCUGAUACAUGGGGGCUAGAAGCUGUUACUAUGGCAACUAGGUAACAAAGUGGAAGAAGGAACCGAAGGAACCCUGAGAGUCACCUGCAUACAAAUUGAGUUAAGGCUUCUAUUUUUUUUAUCUGAUUGUCAGGGAAAGUCGGUGGUGAGAUUUGUUUUUGUAGCUUUAGUCUAUUCGAGUUCUAGGUGGCAUGUCAGUAAACGGUGCACCUGAAGAGGUGUAACUGGUUGUGAUUAAACAAACUGCAGCUGGUUAACGUUAGCAGUUGUUAACAUAGCACCCUCUACGAACUACUGUAAAUUACGUUCUGUUAACGUUACUCACACAUCAUACAUUCGCUUGUUUAGGAGGCUUGGAAGUAAAUAUAGUCUCAGAUUAUGGAGAUCCCAGGGGCCCAUAACCCAGUUCUGCAGCAGGUGAACCAGUUGUGGUCCAUGUUGGACGACAUGUCUCUGGACAGUCCAGAGAGUUAUCGGACCUUUAUUGAGAAACAGCUACGGGACGGCGCGGAUUUCUACUCGCCUCCUCAACCUGACUCCUGCAUUCAAGUGGCGAUACUAGGCCCAAAGCGGGGUGUCCUGUACAUCAACGUGUGCAGCUGGAAGAGGGUUCCUGCUCCCAGCUCCACUGAGCAUCCUGUGCCGGUGUGUGGAGGAAGACUAGACACGCACACUGAGGGGAAAGAGCAGUACAGCGUGCUGGAUGUGGCUUUCAGCCCUGAUGUGGUGGUGCGAGCGCAUGGGGACCCUAGGGAAAUGGAACAGCUCCACCUGCUGGCCGUGAGCUUCGCCCAGCAGCAGCACGGCCUGAGUCUGGCCCAAGGUUACACCACUCUCACCACCGCCUGCAAGGGCAGCACCCAGGGCGUCAAGGACCGUCUGGUGUCACCGCGGCAACCACAACAACCGGUCCCGCCACCCGCACAGCCCAGCCCAGCCCCUUCUCUCCUGCAGAAGAUCUCGUCCCUGCGUGGCGAUGAGGGGAUGGCUUUGGAGGGGACAGAUGACCCCCCCGCAGGGAGGGUGACCCUUGACCUGGGUGGGGGCGGGCAGCCCACCAAGCCAGGGCUCAUCCAGGUGAUCUCCAGCUCAGAGAGCCCCCUCCUGCCACGCCCAGUCCACCGGCUCACACUGCACUCGGGCACGGGUGCCACAGGCGAUCAGGGCCGCCCCAGCAGUCUGGAGCUCACCAUAGAACUCCCCGGGGUUCGCUCUGCGAGAGAAUGCCAGCUCAGCAUCUCACAGGAUGAUGUUCUACUUGAAGUAGAGGACAUGUACCAUCUCCAUCUCAACCUCCCGAAGACAGUGAACGAGGAGACUGCCACAGGCGCCUUCAACGUGCGGACCCACACACUAACUCUCUCUGUGUCUGUGCUGUAACACACACACACACACACACACACACACACACUGACACUGACUCUUCAACUUUGUGCUAUAAUGCAUAAACAUUUAUUCUGA